ACCGCGUGCACGUGACCAGGGCUCACUGCUGGAGCGAGCGCCUUGUUCACACAGCAUCAUGGCUGCGGAAGCUGCGGUCUCCCCCGGCGGAGCCUCUGCUGUCUCCUUCUCCACCCCAGGGGCUCGGAGCUCCCCGUCCCGCCUUCUGCUCCUAUCCGUCGGCCUCGCCUCUCUCCUUCUCCCGGCUCAGUCCCACGGGCUGCUGGGCUUCCGUCCGGAGGAGACCGGGGGGGAGCUGUCCGUGGAGGACGGGGUGCUGAGAGCCAUCGAGGGGACUCGCUUCAUGCUGCGGGUGUACUACUCCACCUCCUCCCCGAGCCGGAGACUAAACCGCACCGCGGGCUCCUCCAGGGCCAGCAACGCCGCUCCGUGGAUCGCCUUCAUCGAGGAGCCGAGUCCCGGGAGAGAGGGGCAGGUGCACCCCAAGCGGAACAUGUGCAUGGACAAGACCGCCCGGACGUCCGAUAUCGAGGUGCUGGGCUCGUUCAAGUCGGCCUCCAGCCAGAACUCGGUGCUGGUGGAGCUACUGGCCAAGGACCUGCGGCGCGGGGAGAAGAUCAAACACUACUCCAUGUGCGCCUUCGACGGCUCAAAGUGGGAGCACUACCGCACGCGGGACUUCUGGGUGGCGGUGGUGGAGCGCUCGGCUGUGCCCAACUUGUGGCUGCAGGUGCUGGUGUCGGUGCUGCUGCUAUGUCUGUCCGCGCUGUUCAGCGGCCUCAACAUCAGCCUGCUCGCGCUCGACCCGGUGGAGCUGCAGGUGCUGCAGAACAGCGGCACGCACACCGAGCAGAACCACGCGCGGAGGAUCGAGUCCGUGCGUCGCCACGGCAACUACGUGCUGUGCACGCUGCUGCUGGGCCACGCGCUGAUCAACGCCGCACUGGCCGUGUGGAUGUGCCAGAUCCUGGGCAUGACAUGGCAAUCCACCGUGCUCUGCGCGUUUGGCAUCUUUUUCAUCGGCGAGAUCCUGCCGCACUCGGUGGCCUCCCGCCACGGCCUCGCCAUCGCCUCCAAGACCAUCUGGGUGACGCGUGUGCUGAUGGUGCUCUCUUUCCCCGUGUCCUACCCCAUCAGCAAGCUGCUGGACCUGGUGCUCAGACAGGAGAUCUCCAACUUCUACACGCGGGAGAAACUCCUAGAAAUGCUGCGCGUGACCGACCCGUACCACGACCUGGUCAAAGAGGAGCUGAACAUCAUCCAAGGCGCGCUGGAGCUGCGCACCAAGACGGUGGAAGACGUGCUCACGCCGCUGGGCGACUGCUUCAUGCUGGCGUCGGACGCGCUGCUGGACUUCAACACCAUGUCGGAGAUGAUGCAGAGCGGCUACACGCGCAUCCCCGUGUUCGAGAACGAGCGCUCCAACAUCGUGGACAUCCUAUUCGUCAAAGACCUGGCGUUCGUGGACCCUGACGACUGCACGCCCCUCAAGACCAUCACCCAGUUCUACAAGCACCCGCUACACUGCGUCUUCAACGACACUAAACUGGACGCCAUGUUGGAGGAGUUCAAGAAAGGUAAGAGUCACCUGGCGGUGGUCCAGCGGGUGAACAACGAGGGGGAGGGCGACCCCUUCUACGAGGUCAUGGGCAUCGUGACUCUGGAGGACGUCAUAGAGGAGAUCAUCAAGUCUGAGAUCCUGGAUGAGACUGACCUGUACACUGAUAACCGCACCAAGCGCCGUGUGUCCCAUCACGAGCGGAAGCAGCAGGACUUCUCAAUCUUCAAGCUUUCGGAGAACGAGAUGAAGGUGAAGAUCUCCCCGCAGCUUCUGCUGGCCACACACCGCUUCCUGUCUACAGAGGUGGAGCCCUUCAAGCCAGGACACCUAUCAGAGAAAAUCUUACUGCGGCUGAUCAAGCACCCCAGCGUCGUCCAGGAUCUCCCGUUUGAUGAGAAGAACAAGCGGGCACCGCAGCACUUCCUGUACCAGCGGAACAAACCCAUCGACUACUUCCUGCUCGUGCUACAGGGUCGAGUGGAGGUGGAGUUUGGGAAAGAGGCUCUGAGGUUUGAGAAUGGAGCUUUUGCAUAUUAUGGGGUGCCAGCUAUCAUGCCAACAGGUACCCCCGUCUCAACAGUCCACAGAUCCCCUUCACGCAGCAGUGGUUUGGACCGCUCAGAGUCCAUGCUGUAUGGAGGCAGCAUGAACCAGCUGAACGGUGGGGGCAGCACCUACCUGCCCGACUACUCUGUCAGACAGCUGACCCCCGUUCAGGUCAUCAAGAUCACCAGGAGCCACUACCAGAACGCCCUGACCGCCACCCGCAUGGACACCUCUCCCCAGACCCCAGAACCGGACCUCCAACCCCCAGAGCUCCGUCCCCCAGUGCUGGAGCCCCCCACCCCCGAGCACGGCUCACACCUCAUGCCCCCCCCCAGGGAUACGGGACGGCCCGCCUCGGCCCGGAGUCGGGGGCAGCAGGCCAGUGUCCCGCACAGCACCUCGCUGCUUAACGAGAAGAACCGCAUCGUCCGAAGUAAGUCAGAUGGUCAGAAGAGUCCCAGUGACUCCGUGUUCCUGAGGUUGGAUGAGAUCCCUUACAUCAGGGAGGACCGGUCUGAGAGCCAGGACACAACAGAAACAUCUUCCGUUCCCAUGGAGACAGACACCUCCCCCUUUAUCAGUGCUCUGUCGCUGAGCGGCUCAGAGGACACACUGGGAAAGAAGCUGCUGCUGAAACUCAGUCACAAAAAGAGGAAAAAGUCUAGAGAGGGAGAUAAAACCCCAGAGGACCUCGCUGAGCAGCCGCUGGUGAAGACCUAAAGAGGCGGGGGCCCUCUCUGAGCGGCCCCUGGUGGAGACCUAGUGAGGUGAGGGCCCUCACUGAGCUGCUCCCGGUGAAGACGAGGGGAGGGCCCUCUCUGAGCAGCCCCCGGUGAAGACCUAGCGAGAGGAGGGCCCUCUCUGAGCGACCCCUGGUGGAGACCUAGCGAGAGGAGGGCCCUCUCUGAGCGACCCAUGGUGGAGACCUAGCGAGUUGAGGGCCCUCUCUGAGCGGCCCCUGGUGGAGACCUAGUGAGGUGAGGGCCCUCUCUGAGCGGCCCCUGGUGGAGACCUAGCGAGUUGAGGGCCCUCUCUGAGCGACCCAUGGUGGAGACCUAGUGAGGUGAGGGCCCUCUCUGAGCGGUCCCUGGUGGAGACCUAGUGAGUUGAGGGCCCUCUCUGAGCGGCCCCUGGUGGAGACCUAGCGAGUUGAGGGCCCUCUCUGAGCAGACCUAGCGAUGGUGGGGCCAACACUGGAGACAGAACGUUCCCAUUUUAAAAAGAACAUUAUCCGGAUGAUUCUGCAUGACUGGGAGAAACAGAGGAAUCCGCUGGACGGUGUCAAGUGAUUAUGAGUUUCCGGAUGACAGAAUUUUUCUAAAGAAAUCAAAAGAGAAGAGAAAGGGAUUAUAUAAGGAGGAUAUUAUGUCCUUGUGCCAUACUCUUCAUCAAGCCAUUUUAGGUUUGGAAAGUUCACAGAGACCUGUAUGCAAAGGGAUAUGUUUAUAUUUUUAUACACUACGUAGUCCGUUCACAUUUAAAAGACACUUUACGCUACUUAAAGACACUUUAAGACUUGUAUAUUGCGCAGCUAUUUUCUGCCCUAGCAUUAGCAAGGGUCAGUUGUGCCUGCUUGGGUAUAAUCUAGUGAAACAAGUUCCUUUGUGAGUGCCCUCUCAGUUGAACCCAGCUCCUUGUGUUGGGAAUCUUCAAAGCACCUUCUUUUUCUAACAAGCCCCCUUAUGUGAUGAACCGCUGGGUCUUUCAGCAUGCUCAUACACCGUCACAUUGACACCAACAUACACACACCUACACAUACAGCUGCACAGUUGCACACAC